GGAACAGAGCAGCUGCGCCAACCGACACACCGAGCGCCUCGGUACAGCCCGACUCCCGCAUUCAACCAGGUGGAAGUAUGGAGCUGGCCAACCACGGUCUUAUCCUCCUGCAGCAGCUCAACGCGCAGAGGGAGUUCGGCUUCCUGUGUGACUGCACAGUGGCCAUCGGUGACGUCUUUUUCAAAGCACACAAGGCAGUGCUGGCCGCCUUUUCCAACUACUUCAGAAUGUUAUUUAUUCACCAAGACAGUGACUGCAUUCGUCUGAAGCCUGCAGACAUCCAGCCUGACAUCUUCAGCUACCUGCUCAACCUGAUGUACACGGGCAAACUGGCACCGCAGUUAAUCGACCCGGCUCGGCUGGAGCAGGGAGUAAAGUUCCUGCAUGCCUACCCUCUCAUCCAGGAGGCGAGUCUGAACAGCCAGGCAGCUUUUACUCAUCCUGAGCCGAACCUUUGUCUUUCCAACUCUCUCUACGGCAUUCAGAUAUCGGACCAGCAGGGGAUCGUGUCCGGUCGUCUCACGGCCAGGAGGCAGCCGUCGCCGGUCGACUCGGAUAUCACGGGGGCGUUUGAUGGGAAGUCCAGAUUGCAGGCGGAGAUGGAGGUCGAGGCGUCGACAAGCAACAGCCUGUUUGUGAGAGAGGCGUCUGAGGGGGACGCGUCCGAAAUUCAAUCAGCUUCAGCCAGUGGCGGGAGCAGCAACACCAUUUUACAUGUAAAACCCAGUAUUAUGAAAAGAACUUCUUCAUUCCGGAAGCACUACACCUGCCGUGUCUGCGGCAGCCGCUUCAACCAGCGGGCGGCUCUGAGAGAGCACCUGCUCUGGCACGGCCAGGCUAUGGCGCCUCUAUUAAUGGAAUCGGGCAUCAUCAGCUCCCCUUUGUUACCGGGAGGAGCUGCCAUCCCUGAGGCUGAGGAAGUUCUCACAGGUGUCGGUGCCUCCGCAGCCACCCCCGUCACAGUGGACACUGACGCUGAACAGCCUCUGUCUGGAUUCAAAGGCUCCCCGCGUCCUGAAACGGCCGUCGCUGCGACGCAGCCUCAGGCGGACACGCCUCCUCCGUCCGACAUUGCUGACAUCGACAACCUGGAGGGUGCUGCAGACAUCGAACGGGAGGUCAAGAGACGCAAGUACGAAUGUCACACGUGUGGACGCAAGUUUAUCCAGAAGAGCCACUGGCGGGAACACAUGUACAUCCACACGGGGAAGCCGUACCGAUGCAGCGCGUGUGGAAAGAGCUUCUGCAGAGCCAAUCAGGCCGCGCGUCACGUCUGCAUGGGCCAGGGAGCCGAGUCGGCCUACACCAUGGUGGACCGUCAGAGCAUGGAGUUGUGUGCGGCCGACGACUCCAGCCAGAUGGAGGCGCUUUUCUUCGGCUCCUCGGGAAGGCCCUACAAGUGUAACGUUUGUGAAAUGACCCUUACCACCCCCAACGAAGUUCUCAAGCACCUCUGCUUUAACCAGGGGACCCUUUCGGACGCGAGUGGUUCAGAAACGGCGGUGGGUGGAAUGAACGACCAAGCGGCCAAACAUGAUGGGUCUGAGUCACCGAAUGGUGAACGACUAGACACAUCCAUCAAGACUGAGGAGGUGUUAAUGGAAUAGUAAUACUUUUUAGGAAGGGGGGUAUUCUGAUAUACAGUUGAAGCUACUAAUGUAUAUGGGAAUAUGAUUUAAUAUAAGUUCACUGUGUAAUUAAAAAAUUAUUUUUGUCAAGUAGUAGGUCACUUGGCUGAAGAACACAGGCUGAAUGCUGUGUCAUUAGCUGUUAGCGUAGGCAGCAAAGUUUUAAUACAUUUAAUAGAAGUACCUGCUGCUAAUUGUGUUUUAAGUUUUUUAUGAAGCUAUUGAUCCAGCAGGCAUACAGACCCUAUUCCAAAAUGCACCUUUUUCCAUCCAGAGUUCAGUACAGUAACUAGGUCUAGGUCUAGCCUUGUCUAGGGCAGGGGUGUGGCCCAAACUUUCAUACCAUUGACUUAUAAGAGCAGCAAUGUUUCAGUAAAGUCUAUGCCAUUAACCAAAACUGUGACAUGUUGCAUUUAAUAUGCAAAUAAUUAAAUCCCCAGUGUGUAU